CAAUUGGAAAAAUACAAAAGAAAAUUAAAUUCGGCACUAGUAGUAAAUAAUGCGCUCCUUUUACAAAAACGUAGACUGAGACAGUGAGAUUCCCUCUCUUUCAUUCUCCAUCUCUCUCUAAAGUCUAAACAUGCAACGGCAAUCUUUAGGCUCUCCAGGAAGAGGAGAACUGGUAGUUGAAGCUAAAAACGACGCUGUCUCAACUACCGAUGAGCGAAAACGCCGUGAAUCAUCACCAAUUUCCUUCUCCGGUGUCGAUGACGAGGAAAUCAAGCCGGAAAAACCUUUCCGACGGUGUCAUUCUCAACCUGAAAAAUUCAUUCAUUUAAUUCCUAUCUUUAUUUUUCUCUGUUUCUUCACCCUUUAUCUCUCUUCUCACGAUCCUUCUCCUAAAGAGUUGGCUCUGUUUCCUGGAUUCUCACAUCCAGAGAAAAUAAUCGAUUCGACGGACAUUGACGACAUUGGAAGAUUUGAUGAUAAUAAGUUAAAAAGAAGUGGUGUAUUUGCGAUACGAAGUUUACGGAAUUUGCAAGAGGAAGGCAAUCAGAAAUCUCGCUCUCAUCGGAAACUCGGCGAUUUUUAGUCGCACAUGUAUGUGUACGAAGCUCAUAAAACCACACACAUAUAAACAUUGCGGAUCACCUACAUCUGGUUCUGAUGAACUAACCCGGAUCAAUACCAUGAUUCAUCAUAUGGAAGAUGCUCAAAUUCAAGGUUCAAAUGUUAAGUCUUUUAAUUUUGUAAUCUUGAACUAAAUCUUCUUCUUUAAUUUGAAUCUUUAUUUUGUAUUUUCAUUUUUAUAAUGAAACAAAGUCUUAGAGAUGAUUAAGCCAGGUUUAGGAUCAAGCUUAAUCAUGUCUCAUGUUUAGUUAGUCGAGUUGUAAUUUUUAUUUUAUUGAGUCUAAUAUUUAUUUUGCUCAUGGGACGUCCUUUACAAAAUUAAAACGCAUGGAUCAAAACAAGCAAUCAGAUUCUCCAAAUUGAGCCGUUGCAUUCUUCAAAACCAGCUGAUUUACAACAGCCAUAUGUUUUGAAGAUUGAGUGGGAUUUUUAUGAUAAUAUCUCUUACAAAUCAGCCACAAAUAAUCCCAAGAAGAUAGAAGAGCUGAUUUUCAAAUCCCAAAGAAAAACUAGCUGUUGGAGACAACAAAACUAGCUGUUAGAGACAACAAAAAAAAAUCAGCAAAAAUCUCCUUGUUCUUUUACUAGCUGUUGCAUUUUAUUGCCAUUUUGGUUGUACUGUCAUUUUCAAAGUUUGUACUCAUUGCUGAAUGCUUUAGUAUAAAUAGGAUGUAUGAACUCUUGUAAUACACAACCUGAUUUUUACAUUCUGAAUACAAAACAACCCUUGAGCAAAUCCCUUUGUUCUCUCUUGCAAUUUACUUUAACUUGGAUUAGUUUUAGUAAGUUGAAGUUCCUAUGCUUUUCAUUCUUUUGGCUUAAAGUUUGAAUGUGUUCUUAGGAGCCCUUGGUUUUAAUUUGUGGUGAAUCUGUAUCAAAUUAAUCCUUGGAUCAGCCAUUUUCAAGUUGUUCAAUUCAACAUAUCUUUUCUUAGUUCUUCUUAUUACAAAACCCACAAAAAUCACAAGAAAAACAUUUUACAAUAUCACCUACACUUUCAGCCUUAAUUGCUGAAAUUUCGAAACCUCAAAACAUACGUGUGCAUAUAGUUUGGUCCUUGUUCAAAACAUAGCCAACCUAUAUCAUCUUGGUAUCAGAGCCAAGGCUACGCUCCUAGCCUUAAUUUCGUUCAUUCACAAAGCAAAACACCAUGUCUCAAAGUGGUGAAGGAGAAACAAGUGAUUUGAGCAGAAUUGUUGAAGAGCAAAAUGCCACCAUUAAUUACUUACGAGCCCAACUUAAAGAGUUUUUAGACCUAAAACGCACCUUAAGGGAAGGUGGGUAUUAUGAAUCUGAAAGUCCUAAAGUUAAUAGGCAAACAAGCCGUGGAGAUGAUCUUAAAGUCGACAUUCCAGAAUUUGAAGGAAGAUUAGAUGGAGAUGAGUUCCUUGAAUGGGUAAGAACUGUUGAAAGAGUAUUUGAUUACAAGAAUACGGAUGAAGAAAAGAAAGUAAAGAUAGUAGCCUUAAAAUUGCGCAAAUAUGCUUCUACUUGGUGGGCUAGCAAAUGUGCAAAACGAGAAAGAGAAGGGAAAGACAUGAUUAGAUCAUGGGAAAAGAUGAAGAAGCAAAUGAAGGAAAAGUUUCUGCCUUCAUACUACAUGCAAGAGAAUUUCACCAAACUUCAACAUCUACAACAAGAUGGCAGGAGUGUAGAAGAGUAUGGUCGAGAGUUCGAGACAAUGAUAAUGAGGUGUGACCUGAAGGAGGAUGAUCAUCAAACUUUGGUAAGAUUUUUAAAUGGUUUAGAUUCAAAAAUCAGAAACAUUGUUGAAUUACAACCUUAUGCUUGCCUUGAUGAUUUAAUUAACCUUGCACAUAAAGUGGAUAAACAACAAAGAACUAAAAUGAAGGAAACCUCACGUUUCACUUCAGCAAGAACUACCAAUUUCAAUUCCUACCAAGAGAACACUCCCCAUUCCUAUUCUAAAGCCCAUUCACAAGAUUCAACAGCUUUGCAAAACAAUAAUUCAAAGCAGCCCCUAAGCAUGCCCAAUACACCCAAACCAAACACCAAUUCAUUCACACCUAGGAGAUGUUUUAAGUGUCAAGGCCUAGGACAUAUUUCUUCUGAAUGCCCAAACCGAAAAAUGGUGAACUUGGUUGAAUUUGAUGAUCAUCAAGAGGAAAACGAGGAGGAUUUCUGUGACGAUGCUGAACUUGAUGAGGAAAUAAUAUAUCCGGAUGAAGGAGAAUUAUUAGUUAUGCGAAGAGCUCUUAGUGGGGUCAAAGCCAAAGAUCCAAACCCACAAAGGGAAGCAAUAUUCCACACAAAAUGUACAGUUAAAGGUAAGAUCUGUUCGCUUAUCAUUGAUGGAGGAAGUUGCACUAAUGUCGCUUCAAAGACUAUGGUGGACAAGCUUAAUCUCACCGCCACUCCACACCCCAAGCCAUACAUGAUUCAAUGGUUGAAUCAAAACAAAGGUAUUCCUGUAAACUCUCAAGUUUUGCUUUCAUUUUCCAUUGGUAAUAGCUAUAAGGAGAGUCUUUUAUGUGAUGUUAUACCUAUGGAUGCAUGUCAUGUUUUAUUAGGUAGGCCGUGGCAGUAUGAUAGGAAAGUUAUGCAUGAUGGUUUUAAAAACACACAUACUUUUGUUUUAAAUAACAAACAGAUAACUUUAGCACCAUAUGCACCUAACGCUAAUUCUAAAUUGCAAGCAACUUUAACUAAUUUUCAUUCUUUAAUUCCUAUACUUAAAAGUGAACAACAUGAACUUGAGGAACGAAAAGAAUUGUUAUUGCUAAAUGAUGAAACUGAAUCUGUUUUGCAUGAUCACCCUUUAAUUGAACCUGUGCUUGAUGAAUUUGCAUAUGUUUUUCCUAAUGAAAUACCAAAUGGACUUCCACCUAAAAGGGGUAUACAACAUAAAAUUGAUUUCAUUCCCGGUUCCUCAUUGCCUAACAAACCAGCCUAUAGGACUAAUCCUAAGGAAACCGAAGAAAUUAGGAGACAAGUUGAUGAUUUGUUAGCUAAAGGUUUGAUUAGAGGAUCCAUAAGUCCUUGUGCCGUUCCUACUUUACUUGUGCCAAAAAAGAAUGGAGAAAUGAGGAUGUGUGUGGAUAGUAGAGCCAUGAAUAGAAUCACUAUCAAGUAUAGAUUUCCCAUACCUAGACUUAAUGAUUUGUUAGAUGACCUAUAUGGCUCUAAAGUUUUCUCUAAGAUUGACCUGAGGAGUGGAUAUCACCAAGUUAGAAUCCAUGAGGGGGAUGAGUGGAAAACCACAUUUAAGAGUAAGGAAGGACUCUAUGAAUGGCUAGUUAUGCCCGUUGGUUUAUCUAAUGCACCUUUUACCUUUAUGAGACUUGUGAACCAAACCUUGAAGCCUUUCUUAGGUCACUUUGUAGUGGUUUAUUUUGAUGAUAUGUUACCAAGCUUGAGGUCAAGCUUCUCCAAAGAAGGGGAGGAUGAUGUAGGAUCACCUACAUCUGGUUCUGAUGAACUAACCCGGAUCAAUACCAUGAUUCAUCAUAUGGAAGAUGCUCAAAUUCAAGGUUCAAAUGUUAAGUCUUUUAAUUUUGUAAUCAUGAACUAAAUCUUCUUCUUUAAUUUGAAUCUUUAUUUUGUAUUUUCAUUUUUAUAAUGAAACAAAGUCUUAGAGAUGAUUAAGCCAGGUUUAGGAUCAAGCUUAAUCAUGUCUCAUGUUUAGUUAGUCGAGUUGUAAUUUUUAUUUUAUUGAGUCUAAUAUUUAUUUUGCUCAUGGGACGUCCUUUACAAAAUUAAAACGCAUGGAUCAAAACAAGCAAUCAGAUUCUCCAAAUUGAGCCGUUGCAUUCUUCAAAACCAGCUGAUUUACAACAGCCAUAUGUUUUGAAGAUUGAGUGGGAUUUUUAUGAUAAUAUCUCUUACAAAUCAGCCACAAAUAAUCCCAAGAAGAUAGAAGAGCUGAUUUUCAAAUCCCAAAGAAAAACUAGCUGUUGGAGACAACAAAACUAGCUGUUAGAGACAACAAAAAAAAUCAGCAAAAAUCUCCUUGUUCUUUUACUAGCUGUUGCAUUUUAUUGCCAUUUUGGUUGUACUGUCAUUUUCAAAGUUUGUACUCAUUGCUGAAUGCUUUAGUAUAAAUAGGAUGUAUGAACUCUUGUAAUACACAACCUGAUUUUUACAUUCUGAAUACAAAACAAC